GACAUUAAUUCAAAAAUACAAGAUGUAUUAGAUGAGGAGUAUGACUAUAUUGUUGUUGGAGCAGGGUCAGCAGGUGCUGUUGUGGCGAGCAGACUGUCAGAAGACCCGAACAUCAAAGUAUUGCUCUUAGAAGCUGGAAGGGCAUCUGAUCCUCUCACAAAGGCUCCAGUGGGCUCCAAGUUUGUUCAACGUACCAAAAUGGAUUGGAAUUACAAAACAGUUCCACAGAAGCACUGUUGCAAAGGGUUAGACAAAUCGCAAAGUAAAUGGACGCGUGGUAAAAUACUUGGAGGCUGCAGUGCACAUAACAC